GCCCCGCUCCACGCCGACAGUCUCUCAUUAACCUGCACACGGCCGCACUCCGCACCGGCUACACCCCAAAUGGCACCCAAGAAAGACGCCAAGAAAGCCGAGCCCAAACAGGCGGCUGCUCCUGCCCCGGCGCCAGCUCCCGCUCCCGAAGCAGCCAAGCCCAAGGAGCCAGCCGUCGACUUGUCCAAAAUCAAGAUCGAGUUCUCUGCGGAGCAGCAGGAAGACUUCAAGGAGGCUUUCCUCCUGUUUGACAGGACUGGUAAUUCCAAGAUCACCCUCAGCCAAGUGGCAGAUGUUAUGAGAGCUCUCGGUCAGAAUCCAACCAACGCCGAAGUGAAAAAGAUCCUGAACAACCCCAGUGCAGAGGAGCUGACCGGAAAAGCCAUUGAUUUUGACCAGUUUCUUCCCAUGCUUCAGGCCAUGGCUAACCACAAAGACCAGGGAUCCUAUGAGGACUUUGUUGAAGGUCUGCGUGUUUUCGACAAGGAAAGCAAUGGCACAGUGAUGGGCGCUGAACUUCGCCACGUUCUGGCCACACUGGGUGAGAAGCUGACAGAAGAGCAGGUGGAAGAGCUGCUGAAAGGACAGGAAGAUGCCAACGGCUGCAUCAACUAUGAGGCAUUUGUCAAACACAUCAUGUCUGUUUAAGAGGGAUCCCCAUGAAGUGGUGCAAAUGUUUAUGAAUCGCUGAACACCUGAUACAGCCGCGAUGUCCCAUCCUGGAACCAUCCCAUCAGUGCAAUCGGUCCCCUUUCAAGCUUGCACAAGAACCACUUUUUUUUUACAUAUCGAAUGGACUAUAUUUGAAACAACAAAAGGGGAGAAAGAAAACAAAGAACCUGAUAUUUUUGGUACUAAACACUAUGGAUAAAACUACUCAGUUUGUCCACGGUGUUUUGACGUGGUUGAAAAGUGCACGCGAAUGUCAGAAUCCAAUAAAGGCUCCGUGGUCAAUC